GUGAUCAACCCACCAGAGGUGGAGGAUGAAUUUUCUCGGUUGACUGAACGUCUGAACGUAAUUCAAAUGGCGCAAAUGGCAGGGGAACAAAUUCUGAGAAAGUGAAGGAGUCAUCUUCUGAUAAAGGCAUAGAGAAACUUAGACCAUGCAAUUGGUCGCCCAUUGUUUUCUUCAACAUAUGGUAUCAUGGGAAGUUCAUACUUCAUCCCAAAAAGGGUUACGAACAAGGGUUAUCGGAGAUGCUUCUGAUAGACAGGGAACGUUUAAGCUUUAUACAUCUCAAGAAGGUGAUUCAUAUGGUGGGUUGCCGUAAGAAAUACACGAUCUGGUUUGUUGCCGACAUUGAAAAAUUGCAUGAGGAAGGUCUUGCAAUACAAGAUAUAGCUGAUUUUUACGACCUCGUUGAACUGACUAAAUCAAACACAGUUGUCCACAUUGUUCAACACUUUGACAUCGAAGAAGAAUCAAAGGGGGCUGUAAAACGGACGGUUCAACCACCACCCUCAACGAAAAAACCUAGGAGCACCGGGUCAUGUAAAGUCAAAGGUGGAAAUACUAGUAUGCACAGUUGGGGAAGUGUAGAACCUGCUCCUUGUGUCCGGAAGAUUCCUGGAAUGGGAUGUGCUGUUAGACAAUUUGCAACUCUGCUUUCGAACUUAACCGUAAAACAAAAGAUGUGGGUUGUUGAUAUGGGUUUUGAGGAACUUUUAUUCAUGAGGAUUGGGAAUAUCGAUGCACGAUUUGGGUAUGGGAUUACUUGUAGGUUUGAUCCCAACACCUUAGAACUUGAAAUAAGAGAUAACUACAAAGUGAAAAUAGAUGAGGAGUUGGUUGGUUUGGUCUUAGGGUUACGGUCCGGUCACCAUCUAUUGUUCCCAAGUUACUCGAACAAGAGUACCGCUCUUAACAACAAGAAGUUGUACAAGCAGAAUACCAUGUAUGGAGCUAUUACAGAGUCAGAGGUUUAUGGGAAAAUCGUUUCCGAGCCUCAAGAUAAAGAGACAUUUCAAAAGCACUUCUUAUUAUAUGCACUUGGCACCAUUUUACGUCCAACGCAGAAACGUGGUUGGAUAAGCCCGUUGCAUGCAAGCGUCUUAUAUUUAGCUAGUGAAUCAGCUGAUUAUAAUUGGGCACGAUAUGUGUUGGACUGGCUUGUGAAAUAUGGAAAAAAAUUCAACUCGUCGAAGGAGGGUUACGGGGGUUGUACUCUUCUGUUGCUCAUUAUCUAUAUAGACAGACUUACUUCUACAAGGGUAAACCUAAACAUAAUACCAAAUUCAUGCCGCCUUCGUGUUUUGGACCAAGAAAGCGUUGAUCGGGUAUUGAAAUCUGACCAAGGACCAAAUGGUGAUUAUGGUUAUGGUGAAGUUGUUGAAGAUUAUGUUUAUGGAGACAUGUAAAAAGUUCAUUUCUGUAACGUUUUUUUUUUUUUUUUUUUGAGGUCAUUUUGUUUGUUUACAGUCUACUGCAUAAUGCAUUCCCUUAAACUCUAUAAUAUCCACUAACAGGCUGUCUCCAUUUUGUCUUCAUUUCUAACUCUUAGGUUCAUCCUGAGAAUUAGGAUAAAUCUUCGAUGAGUGUUAAACUCAUAUGAAUCAAACAAUGUUCAUGUAUAACACACAUUUACAUCUCAAAUACCUUCCUUUGGCAUCUCCAUUUGAUGGAAGCCUUUUUUUCUUCUAAUUUUUAUUAACUAGUUGUUGCAUCGUACGCUCCCCCAAGGUAUUGAAAAAACUUAUUUUGUAAAAAUAUUACGUAAAAGAUUAGCAUUCACAAUUUUAUGGUAAAUGCUAGAAAAACAAUUGUUAUUACGCUAUUGUAUGUAUAGUAACAAUUGGAUUGUCA